UACGUGAUCGGGCCAUGGCGUAUGUAAAUGUCGCUGAAUGGAAAACUGAGCAAGUAUGCGAGUGGUUAAAAGGUUUGGACAAUUCUGUGCUUCCUUACGUGCAUAGUUUUACGAAUCAUGGUGUAAACGGGCAGCAGUUAUUAAGCUUGAGACCCGAAGACUUAGAAUACCUUGGAGUACUGAAACUUGGUCAUCAAGAAAUUAUACUCGAGGCUGUAGAAUAUUUGAGGAAUUUUCAUUAUGAACUCGAUAGAGAGAAUUUACAAUUAUUGGCGUUACGAUUGUCCUGUCAAGCUCAUAGUUUGCAAAAUGAAUUGUCUCGCCAGACAGAUUCCAAACCUGUAACUACUCAGACAUUGUCUGACGUAGCAUCUGUUAUAACGGCUGUGAAGCCGCUGGUUAGAUGGCUCGAUCGACCUCCGUUUAGCGGGCAAUUGGAGUAUAACGAUAAGAAAGCUGAAUUAAUGAAACUAGCUUUGGAGAUGGCUACAUGCGCACAAAGAGACAGAUUCGCGGAGAAGCCUAUAGAAGAAAUUAGAACGAUCUGCGGGCAAUUAGGAAAAUUGGCGGAUUACAUAAUACAGGAUAUCGCGGACCCUAUGAUAUUGCAACCAGCUACUUUAGAUUUGGCCACGCUGAAAAAAAAACCAGGAGAUGACUUGGGAUUCUAUAUUUUACCAUCAUUCCAUGGUGCUCAUCAAAUUGCUGAAAUAAAAUUCGGAUCAGCUGCACAUCAGUGCGGCAAAAUGGAAGAGGGAGACGAGAUUGUUCAGGUGAACUAUCAAACAGUGGUUGGGUGGGAACGAAAGAACCUUUUGGGACUGUUCCGUGAAAGUCCUGCGGAGAUAUUGCUAACUCUGAAACGUAGGCCGAGGCACACUAAAAUCUAUGGACAAAUUUACAUAAAACCGUACCGACUCCCGAGCAAUAAAAAGAUCUCUUAUACGACACGAUGGCAACACAAUCUUCCAUCGCCUAGGCCAGAAUUAUUAACUAUACCAGAUUUCACGGUGCCGCUACCAAGGCCAAAGAAUCCGAGUCCAGAACCGGCAAGUAUUUUAGAUACAAUGAUAAUAGAUAGUAGCGAUUCUGACAGUGAAACGGAACCACCGUUGUCCAUUCGAUUGUACUCGACGAAGCCAAGGAGCUCGGUCCAAAGACGAGCUACUAUAACUGGUGCUAGUCCUACUACCAAGCAUGGGAUUGACAUAGAACAAUUUUGGAAAGAGCUGAAACAAGAGCACAAUACUACUUCGCAGCUGCGGGACAAAGCUGCGUCUUGUGCUCACGGUUUAGACAACGUACAAACGAAUAUCCGAUCGCAAACGUGUGUUAGCGUGGAACAGAGUAAGAGAAAGAAAAGAAGCGACGGACAGACCGACGAUAAGAGAGUGCAGUUUCAAGAUAGAACUACAAAAACUGAUGUUCCUCAAGUAGACAAUACGGCCAGUGUAACGUACGAGAAGAAAGAUGAAUACAGAACUACUUCAAAUUCUGAGUUAACUACUAGUACUGUAAAUACUGUUAGCCAAUCGUUCGCUAAUGUUACCAUUAAAAAUGAGCUGAGUGAUACGAGCGUGCCUUUAGAUGAGUGCAACAAUUUUAUUAGGAAUAAACAUAGUAAUAGUAAGAAUAACGAGCGUAAUAUAUGUAAGGAGCGAGGAAGAUUAGACAAGAGUUACAGUACGCCAGCGUACGAUUCGAUGGACGCUGACAAUAUUGAAGACAGGAGGCAGAAGUUGUUUUGUAUGUUAGAUUCGUCCGCGAAUAACGUAAGCAAUGUAUCUACUAAGACUGAUGAUCAGCCGACUUCCGCUGACCAGCAAAGAUCAAGGGACGCUGCUGGUAAGAAACAAACUACUCAAGGGAAUCCCGAUAUUAAAGUUACUGACAACCACACGGUGCCAGAUGACGAGGAGAAACAAUCGUCUAAGCAUCCAGAAUUGCUUGGAACUUCUUUAUGCAAGACGACGGAUGCGGAUCAGAAGCUCAGUAUGGAAGAAAACCAAAGCAAUAACGAAUGCGUUAAUAAUAUAAGUAAAUACGAAAAGAAAAACGCGACGAAUAAUUUAACAAUUGAUACGGAACGUGUAUCAAAAGAGCAUAGCGUUAAAAAUUCAGUAAACAAUUCGACUAAUGAAACGAAUGAAGAUUGCGUGCAGGACGAUAGCGAAAAUGACUUGAGUCUGAACAAAUUUGAAAGGAUAUUACAGACUUUUAAUGCUGGCGGUUCUACAAGACAUACGAAGUUGACAGAGAAAAAAUUGAAUGUACCAGCGAAAGAGAGAAUAUACGGGCAAGAACAAGCGCGGUCAAAGAACGAUGCGGAUUCUAUUGAAAAUGAUGCGCAAAGUACUACUCGAAACAUUCCUCAAAUUCGGAUUUGUCAAGCACAGAAUGAUGACACAAAAGCCGAGGAUCCGAUCAACCAGGGGAACCCGAUGCAAUCCUGCAAGUAUAUGGAACUACAGAAACCUGAAUCCAGCAAGAAGCUGGAGACCAAACCUCAUUUAACACCCCCCGAUCCACCUCCGCGUAAAUAUUAUUCGAAGUUAACGGUCAACUCUUCGCCUAUAAAUAAUACCUCGAAGAUAUACGACGAUCAAGAGAAAUUCUAUGCACCGGAGAAGCCUACCGCCAGGAAAGAGUCAAAGCGAGCGGAAUAUUACACGGAAAAUCAUAUCAAAACUAAUGUAGAUCAUCAGGAUUACUUUCUUGCUUGUAAUAGUUUUACGGAGAACUUAGAAUUUAUCGACGACGCGAACGGCUUAGACAGCGAGCGCGGAUCUAGUUCGAACUUAGAUUCAUCUUGCUUAGAAUACAAUGAUAAGCAAAUUAAAGAAAACAAAUCUGUCUGUGAUAAAUAUGAAUCCGAGAAGUCUACUUAUAGUAACUUGGUGGAAUACCACAAUGCCGAGUCGUAUUACCGAGCCACGGAUUCCCCGGAUGGUUCGUGCUCUUCCAAGCAGUUUCAAGAUCACAAGUCCAAAGUAUCUGAUAAAGAAAAAACUUCCGAAAGAGGCGUAGUUAACAAAGCUAUGAUGGUAGCACGAAGUAUCGGAUUGCACGGAAGUUUAAGCAAAUCUUCCAGUAACAGUCCCAGAAGUAAUAGGAAACGGAGCAUGCUAUUUGCGAAAAAGAGGAACAUUUCCGUUAAAGAUAUAGGGCCCGGUGAUCUGGAAGGAUGGUUGACGUAUCGCACGCGAGGCGCCGGCGGUGCUUGGGCAAAAGCUUGGUUCAUUUUAAAGUGUUCUUCUCUGUACAGGUUCAAAAAUCAGAACAGCACCAAAGCAGAUUGUCUAAUAUCUUUAACGGGAUUUACCGUGUCGCGAGCAGCCGAGGUGAAAUCAAGGAAAUAUGCGUUCAAAGUUUAUCAUACGGGGACGGUGUUCUAUUUCGCGGCGGACACGGAAGAUUCUCUUGCCCUGUGGGUAGACGCGAUUAACAAGGCAACGCUAGGCGCGGAUGGCCAUAGUCGGAACAGUGCGCUUUUCAGCGAAACCGACGAGAGCGACGGCGAACAAAAGAGUAAACCUAAGACCACGCCGGAGUACAAGCCGAACUUCGAGAAAUCGUUCGGAUCGUUGAAGAAGGUCGUUCGGAAGGAUUCAUCUUCGUACAAGGAUCACGAAAUCAGUGGUGCUAGCUUAGACAGAAAAUACUUGAAGUUCCUUGGUACGAGGAAUCACAAUGUACCUGUACCAACUGCACAAUUUCGGAGCUACAGAAGAGUCAUUCCCUCGUCCACGCCCAACAAAAAACAAGAAUCAGUUCCAAGUUCACCGGAUCUACAAAUGACGAUCGCGGGAAGCACGUUUUACGGAUUGUGUGCAUCUCAUAGCGCUACCGAUAUGUCGAACAGUACUCAAGACAUGGGUGAUUACAGACGUACCACAGACAGGUGUGUCAAUAGCAGAAAUAGGAGACCCGAAGAGCUUCAGGGUUUUAUUACGCUAGAGGAGUUCAUGCUGUCGCAACAAGAAGAGCAAAGACAGAUCGCAAGAGCGUCGACUAGACCGGCGUCUCCACGAAUCACGCCUUUGACCAGCGAUCACGUUCACGUCCAACAUAGAAACUUUCACGACAACGAUACGGUCAACGAACAAUUCCGGCCUGCCAUUGACGGAAGUUUCAAUAGCGACGUUUAUGGUCGAAGUAAAAACAACGAUGAGAUGAUAAACAAUACUGCCUUAUACGGUUAUUCACGGAGUACCGAUAAUUUUCAUGCGACGCGACAGUCCGGCAGUGAUAUGAAUUCGGAGAGAAACGAGCAUAAAGCCGAAUCAUCGAAACACAGUUCAUGCCACAAGAAAUCAAACGAAUUCUGUUAUAUCAGUAACAAAAAGAAACCUGUAGACCUAUUAAAUUCUCAGCAAACGAAGUCGUUGAAUCCGUCUCAAUGCAAAACUGUCGCGAGCGACCAAAAGCAAUCUAAUUGUUUGCCGCACAGCAAACCAGAUAUUGUCGAAAUAUCCGACAGACAAUUGAGCGUGAGUGAAUAUAAUAGUAAUUACACGAGCCAAAUACAAUCUUCAAGCAAUCAUGACAUUUCUAGACCUUACGAUUACUACUUCCCUAAAAAUAUCAAUCAUUUACCUGAGGACAUGAAACCGGUAUCAAGGCGACUCGUACGAAACGACGGUUCCUCCGGAUCCAGCAACGAUCUUACGUUUCACGUUUACGAAACUCUACAACGCGCAAGAAGAGACGCGUCCGUCAGUCGGAAAGGAAGCUUCAACCUGACGAGUCGUCGCGAUCACGUUCCUUCGGACAAGCAUUGGCUAGACUCUUUACGACGGACCGAUAAAAAGGAUAUUAAUUACGAGAAGACUCGUUUGAAAAACGUAGCACAGUACCAACCACCUCCUAUACCUUCUUCCCCGUUCGAACAGGAAGGAAUGACAGCUGCAUUUGAAAUGCACUUGGAUAAAAGCGAGCAGGUGCAGAAGACGAAUCGAUUGAAGAAUUUCUUUGGCAAUAAAUCCCAACAAAAACCGACUACCCUCGAUUUACCUAAGGAAGCACAGAAAACUAUAUUGGGAUCGCCAAGACUGCACAGAGCCUUGUUCAGAGAAAAAUGUUACAAUCAGUCACGAUUACCGAGUCGAUCGAAUAGUCAAAGUCCAGGUGAUAGCGGGAUCAGUCAGUCCGUCAGUACUUUCAGCGGCAACAGUCCCCAGACCCUGAGCCAAAGUUUCAGUUCGGUUAGUUCUGUCAGUGACUGGAGUCCGGACACACCGUCGCCGUGUAAUCCGAAUUUGACAAACAGUACAACUCAUCCCUUCUGUCAGAAAGGACAUGGAAACACGGGUAGAAAUUCGCUAAUGCCUCCGACGUUACCCUAUAUACCACCACCCACAUCACCGCCGCCUGAUUAUCCUGGUCUCGAGUACCCCCCAGUAUUCGAACCUGGUACUUACUCUCUGUUGGAUGCUUCGUUACUGCGUAAUCGUAACAAAAGUAGCCGAGACUCUCAUUAAAUGAUGAUAUCUGGCUUUUCAAAAUAAGUAACCAAAGAUAACGCGUACCAUUAACGGUACGCCUAAUCAAGUACCAUUGUAUAUAAGGAGUUCAAGAGUUUACUAGAUGUACGUAUAAUAUUCGUUUGUCAAGUAUUCAAAUUUAACCGUCCAUUUUAUAUGAAUUUGAAGAUUAUCAAAUCGUCUUUUUAUACGAAUUGCGAUUGAAAAAUGGUUCACUCAAUGAUAAUAAUAAAUGGCAAUGAGUGAAAGACUGAAAUCUAAUAUCUUCCUAAGUAAAUACGAAUGAUAUUCUUAUUGGACUCGAAGAAAUUCAAUCUUGUUAUUUUAUUGUUAUUAUUGUUAUUCUUUGAAAAGUUUCAUUUACCGUACAAGUGAUCUUAAAUACAUGAAAGUGCUCUUGAAAAUUAUAUCCUAAAGAGAUACGUAAGAAUAAUUUGAUUUACAUUUCUAUAAAAGCAAAAUUGUGUUAUAAUCUAACACAUAUUUUAUAUAUAGUUUUAUAAAUACUAUGUACGUCAUAUCUAUUUUCGUACAUUUAUACAUAUACAAUGUGAUGAUACGUAAAGUGCCUAUUACAUGUAUCUUUUAUAUAAUUUUUGUGUAUGUAUAUAUACAUAUACAUAUAUGAUUAAAAUUCUAAUUGUUACAUCUAGCUGAUUCGAGGUUGCAUGUCUCUUAUUAUAAUUUAUGCUCAAGAAAUUUUUGAAAAGUAUUAUAGUACUAAAAUCAUUAUGUAUUUUACGUAUUUUUAUAAUAGUUUAUAGUUAUUAUAUACACAUGUAUACAUUAAAAGUAUGUUAAAGAAGAAAACGUUUCUUCCCUGCCACAUAAAACAUUUACGCUAAACCGAGGGAAAGUAGUGAGACCAAAAUUGCUUCCGAUUGAAGUUUAAGACGCGAGCAUGAUUAACAGUACGCAAACGAAUUAGCAACUUGAAAAAUGAUACUGACUAUUCAAAGGAGAUGAGAUGAUGAGUAACGGAAGCAAAUAAACAUUUCCACGGAACAGUAUCGUAACUUUUUGGUCGUUUGCUUCUGUCGCACAUGAAAAAUUUGAAUUGAAAACUGGCGCAGAUACAACGAUAGUCGAUGUUACUUUGGAACGUCGGAUUGGUUGGAUCCAUGGAUCUUGUGCACACGACACGCCUACGUCGUCCGCGUUAUGGCGGCGGAUCAGAGAAACGAAUAUGAGAUACAGCACGGUCUGUUAUGGAGAAUAGAUUACGAUUUGUAAUGAAGUCGGUAUUCGUGGUAUUUUUGAAUACUGAUGCGGUUCGUCGCGCGUGUUCAAAUCGUGGACGGUGAUAAAUUAACGGCGCAACGAAUUCUGAAGACGUCAAGCCGUGCGACUUAAUUAAUUUAUCGCAGUGAAUACGAGUUUUCUAUAGUAUAGCGAUAGCGUGUCAUUGACUCAAGACGAAGUGUCAAAAUCAGAUUUCGACUCGACAUCGACUCGGCCUCCUGCUCCUUCUCUCUGACAAAUCUCCGUCGCGAUACCACCGAGAGAUUCGUUUAUUUAUUAAGCAUCAGCCGAUCGUUCGGGCUCGGUCGAAGAUAGAGAGAGUGCGUUUGAAAAUUCAUCGUUACCGAAUAAAAGCUUUACCGAUACUGCACCGUGAUUUCCACGCAAAUGAGAUGUAUGUGACGCCAAUGUAUUGUUUUCCUUCUGUCGAAUAAUUCUCGUAGCGUCGUAGCAAGUGUUGCAUUUAUUUAUGCAGUCGUUCGUGUGCACAAUGCACAGUACCGAUAGCAGUACUCUUCUAAUACUUUCUGCAUAUCGCCGUUACAACAUAGUUUGUAUAUCGUACCACUGACAUUUAUACGACGACCGAAUUAACAUUUAUCUCGUUUGCUUUUUACGUUUGAUAUCUCAAGCAGAGCAUAUUAACGAUUGUGGACAGGUAGUCGAUGUCAAUAAAUGUUUAUUCGUUUAAUAACUUUUGUAAGAAUUAACUGUUGUAUAUCUGGUCAUGUUUUCUUAAUAAUAAUCUAGUCAAAUAUCGGGGCAUUGUACAAGUAAAUAUGUUCGUGGAAACAAUAAUGUAUGUACUUCGGUGUAAUCUUUUUCAAGUGUGCUAUAAUUUCAGGUGUUUAGGAAGUUAAAUAUUAAACAUAAUGGCACACAAA